AUGUCAGACGCAGCGCAGCAGCUGGCCGGCAGCGGCGCCGCUGCGGCGGGUGACAACAAGCCCUUCACGGCCCACCUGUCCAAUGUCUACCUCAGUAUAUUGGCGCUGUUUUGCUUCAAACUCUUCGUCAAGAUCUCCCUCAACCUGCUCACUUACUUCUACAUCGUCCGCGGCAACCGCAAGGAAGCAGCCAGAAUAUCCGCAGAGUUUUACGACUAUGCUCAGCAACGCAGUUCUUGGACGGACCGCUCGCCGCUCCACGAAGCCGCUUCUCAGGGUCGCCUACUCGCCCUGAGGACUCUCAUCGUGCAAGGUCACAAUGUGAACAGCGUGACCAUCGACCAGGUGACCCCUCUCCAUGAGGCCUGCCUUGGAGACCAUGCACCAUGCGCGAGAGCCCUCAUCGACGCUGGCGCUGACGUCAACGCCUCAACGGUUGACGGCGCCACGCCACUGUUGAAUGCCUGCGCCGUGGGCAGUGUGGCCUGCACCGAGGUCCUCCUGGAAAACGGCGCCAAAGCUCAAAGUUUCGUGCACCGGCCGUCGCCCAUCCAUGAAGCAACGAGCAGAGGACACUGCAGUUGUGUAGAGGUUCUGCUGGCGUGGGGUGUCGAUGUAGACAUGGACAUUCCUCACUUGGGCACACCACUUUACACCGCCUGUGUCUACAAGGAGCUGGAGUGCGCCAGGAAACUCUUGAGGGAAGGCGCUAACGUCCAAAAAGGCAGAUCACUGGACUCGCCUUUGCACGCGGCAUCAGAGAAAGACUGCACGCCGGUGGUGAAACUGCUGUUGGACUUUGGCGCCGACAUCAACGCGCGGGACGGCGAAUGUCGACGGCCUGUAGAUGUGGCCCCACCAAGUAGUUUGACUGAAAGCUUCCUACUCCUCUAUGAAGCUACACCGCGGCUGCUUAGUCAACUGUGUCGACAGUGCAUCAGAAUGUGCGUUGGCCGGGAUCGACUUCACCUCCUUUGUCAUCUUCCCUUGCCCGGUCGGAUUCGGAAUUUCCUGCAGUACCAGUGA